CCAAAGUAAUAAAUUCCCCUAUUUAAGUGCAGGUCAGCCUACCGUUUUUUCCUAUAAUUAUUCUUUGUUGUUCAAAGGUGAGCUUACCUUAUUGAAGCUCAGAAAUGGUGCAGUUGGGAGAUUUGGUAUUUUAGCAACUCUUCUAACCCACUUAGCACUAUCAAUAUAUAGGAAAAAUAUUGCAUUCAAAGACAGAACGAAGAACUGACCUUUUGAGCUGUUUUGGGAUGGCAGAGAUGAAAGCCGAAGGACAUGCGAAGAAAAGGGCAAUCAGGCUGCCACCCUCGGUCCCGUUCCUAUGGGAGGUGAGGCCUGGAAUAGCAAAGAAAGAUUGGAAACCAGAGGCUUCUACGAUUAGUAGGGUGUUACCACCUCCAACUCCGAUCAAGUUUAUAGCCUCGAUUCCUUUUAAUUGGGAGGAAAAGCCAGGUACACCGUUACCUAGCUUUCUCCAGCCUGCAGUGGAACCGAUGGGUGUGCAACCGUCAGCAACGCUCAUGACUCUGCCUCCACCACCAGUGUACUCUCCAGCCUAUUUUAAUGGCUGCAACAGCAAUGAUGACCAAGGUGACGAUAUUGAAGCAUUUGGUUUUGAAACAGAUGAUUCCUUUAGCUCAGCUUCAUCGAUCUUGGAAAAUUGCAGCCUGGCAGCAUCAACGGUGGUUUCCACUAUUGUUCCAGAGCAGAAAACUUACCAGAUAGACAACGAUAGUGACCAUCCGGAAAUACCUUCCUCACCAGCUUCGGAAACUGAUAGUACAAGCAGCUAUGCAACCGGUGCUUCAAGCCUUGUAGGGGUUUCUUUCUUGGAAUGCCUUUUUCCACUGCUUCCACCUAAUGCUGGAUUCCUUGAAAAGGUCAGGUUCCCUGACGAGGAGCCUCAAACAGCUCAAAACAAUUUCGAUCGUGAGAGUAAUAACACUGUAAUCAUAAGGAAGCCACCAACACUUGGAGAGUUGAUAAUGAUGAGCAGAAGGAGAAGUUAUCAAAGAAAAGCUGCUCAAAUAAGAGAGAAGAAUAUAUCUAUGGAAUUUCUGAAGGAAAGAAGAGCUCCGGGAUGCUGCAUCUUUGGAACUGGCAUCAAAAUUAUUGAAGGAUCGCAAUUGAAGAAGUUCCAAAAAGGACUGAAGUUCUUCUAGGACUGCUUCACCGUUCAUCAAGAAGCUUCAGAAAAUUAGGAUCUAGAUGAUUUUACAGGCCUGGAAUGUAAAAUGUUAUAAUUAAGCUGCAGUUACUUGAAGAAGUCAUCUGUGUCCGACUUAGAUAUUGUGCAUUACCCACAUCCUCUUGUUUAGCUAUAAGAGGAAUAUCUACGACAGUAAAAUCCUACUAGUGAUUGAUGCAAUUAACUUGAAUUUAAGAGAUCUGUAGUGUUUUCAA